AUGUUUUUUUUUCAGUUGGAGGCUCUAGCUAAUGCACUACUUACUGAUGACAUUUUGAAGCUUAAAGGGUUAAGGAGACCCUCCUGUUGCUACCUGUGCAAUGAUUUUGAGGAGUCUUUAGACCAUCUGUUUUUUCAGUGCCCUUUCUCCCAACAGGUUUGGUUUGGUCUCUUGGAUCAGUUAAAAGAUUUAAAAUUAGAUGGUACAUUAUCUAUUUGCUGGUUGGAUUGGUAUGAAGCCAAGCUUUCUAUUAUUCUAUGCAUUGUGGCCUGGUUUCUUUGGAUUUCUAGAAACCAAGCUAAAUUUGAUGAGAUUCAACUUGUGGUAAAAGGCACGAAAACAAAUUGUACCUCCUAUAUCCAGAAACUUAUCAAACAUUAUAGGUUCAAUAAUAUUUGUUUGAAUUAUGCUCCCAAUGUCAAUGAAAAUAUGCUGCCCCCUCCCUUACUUAUUUAUUGGACUCCUCCCAUGCCUAAUUUGUUAAAGGUUAAUACUGAUGGGAGCUAUUCAAUUGGUGAUGCUGGAAUUGAGGGAGUUUUUAGGAACUCCAAUGGGAAGUGUCUCCUACACUUCUACUCCCCAACUGUGGCAUUGGAUCCCUUGGAAGCUGAGAUGCCUAACAUAUGUUGGGCCAUUUACAUUGCCAAUAUUUCUAAGAUUUCAAACCUAGUGGUGGAAUUUGAUAGCCUUACUUGUUUCAAUAUUUUGCAGUAG